CGCCACCUUUCGAAAACGGCCGCACUCUACAGCGUUAGGAUAGCAACAAAAUUAGUAUGGAAAAGGCAAAGGCAUACAUCAAAAACGAAUUACGUGGGGGCUCCCUAGCGCAACCGGAGCCCCCGCCACCACCGCCGCACCAUCAACACCACCAGCAGCAUCAGCAGCAACUGCCUCAACAGCACCAGCCGGUUCCAAACUCCUCAUCCGCCCAUCCGUAUCAUCCGCACCAGCAGCAUCUGCAGCAUGGGCAAUCGGCACCGUCGCAUCCGGCACAUCUGUUGCCGGUAGUGUCACAGCACAGCACACCCGUGUCAGCUGCCGCCUACCACCCACACCACCCAUCGGUGGGUUCCCGUUCGCCCUCGGUCGUCUCGAUGGACGAUCCGGCCAACAUUUGUUACGUGUGCGGUGCGCAGGGCGCUCAGGACAAAUACUACCUGCGGGUACGUCAGAACCCGGACAACCCGAACGAGCCACACUUUCCGCUGCUGGAAUCGCACACGCCACCCGCGGGCGUACCUGCUUGGUCACCGGCCAAGGUGGGGGUUAGGUCAUGUUACCUGUGCUUCACGACCUUUGCCCAGCAGUGGGAUUACCACGAACGCGAGGGCAAACCACUGUCCCAGCGGCUGUACUGGUUAAAGCGCACAGAUGACAAAAACUACAUCGGUGCCGAGAUGAACAGCCAGGGCGAGUAUGCGGCGCAGGUGCUGGGACUGAGCGCGGAUCAUCUGGGUGGUGGUCCCCCUCCACCGGGUGGCUACGUAGGUGGUUUACCACCGCAAUCUGCCGGUGGUCGUGUGGUGUCGGAGAGUCCACGUUCCUCACAGCCAUCAGGGCUACUCUCAGGUCCCUACCCGCUACCAACGCAGCCGCGCAACGAAAGUCCCCUACGCGGGGCACCACCACAGAGGAACGAUUCACCCCAUUCGAAGGGUGAUGGAGGUGGCACUAACACUGCCACUGCACCACCGUAUCAUCCCGCGAAGCGGUUCCUCGAAAAUCAUCUCGCCAGUCAGCAAGCUGGAACAAAUGCGACCAACAUCACCGUCCAAUCGCAACAGGCACCGACCUCACGUCCCUCGAGCCGGAACGAGAAGUCAACCACACCGCGGCCAAGCACGCACGACAAUCCGUCACCAGUGCCGUCGCCUGCCGGUUCGAACUUGCGCCUCGACGGCCGGAAGAUGUCGUCCUUUGCGCAUCACAAGCUCAAAAUGGUCAACUACAAUAAUGCGGGAUCGGAACCACACCACAGAAACCAUCAGCAUCUCGGUACGGCUGGUCCACCGUCGUCGUCGUCCGCCUCCUCCCAUUCGACCCAGCUGCAGCAACAGCAGCAACAGCAACAGCAGCACCAUCUUCGGCUAGAGGAAGAAGGUGCGCUAGAUCUGCGGAAUUCGGUCACGGGCAGUGUUGGUGGCGGUGCGGGCGUUAGUGCGUCCUCCGUGGGUGGUUUGCUUCCAAUGGGACUGGCUGACGAGAACAGUUUGCGUGGAAGCGGCAGCAAUAGCAAUGGUAGCACCGGCAGCACAGGCACAGACAUUCUCGAUCUCUCGAUGCCGGACAAGAACUCAAUGACGGAGGUGUGCUAUGUGUGCGGUGAUGAACAAAGGCGGGGCAGUUUGAUGGAAAUCGCGACCGUCAAACCGAAGGACGUGAAGGACCAGGAAAAGCCGUAUUUUCCGAUAUUCGACGAAACGCACGCUAGACCGGCCCGAUCGCGUCCAAAAGAUCCAAAAGGCCUGGUGCAGGCAUGCAAGGCAUGUCACCAGUAUCUUCUUAAUCAGUGGCAAUCGUUCAUCAUUCGUUCAAUACCCGAGGCUCAACGGAAGUACCAGAUCCGAAAACGCCAAAACACUCAGGAACGGUCGGCCACGUUCGUGUGCUACACUUGCGGUACCGACACGCCGUCCUCGCAACUACGCUUAGUGUACUGCUGCCCGAACGCGGAACGGGAACCGUACUUUCCGUUCAUCAAGUCCCUGAAAGCACCGACCAAUGCUAGUCCAAUAAGUCCACAGGGGAUGGUGCAAAUAUGUUCCACGUGCAAUAAGAAAAACGCCCACCGAGCGGAGGGCGGCACUGUUAGCAAUGUGGACGAACGUUAUCCGUCUCCGACGAAAAUGACGUCUAGUGUGAUAAAUGAGGUUGUACGAUAUAAGCCUUAUGAAUUUGCCUCCGCUCUGUCUGGGGGACCGCUGCGGGACCAGAAGGGCAGUCGAAGAGAUUCAAGACCAAAUACACCACCUCACCUUCAAGGGCCAGUGGAAAACGGCCACGGUCAUCAAUGUACCAUUUGUAAGAAUACGUUCCCCACCACAUCGAUGGAAUAUCUGUCCACUAGUGCCGAGCACAUGAACUCGCACGCAAUGCACUUUCCCUGUCUCAAAGGGAACAACGAUCAGAGCCGUGUGUUGGCAUGCAAAAAUUGUGUCGAUAAGCUAACCAUCCAGUGGGAAACGAUGGAUGCCCAGCGUGUACCGCUCGAACACCGGAAGUACAUUAUCCCUUCGCCAACGCCAAAUUCGGCUUCUAUAUCGCCAGGCGGUGGAAGUCUAGUACGGCCACAAUCUAGCGUCGGCGGUACGCCACCGUCCACACCGGCUUCCACCGUUCCGAGUACGUCAGUGUACUGUUUCAUCUGUGGGUUACAUUCGGAACUGAGUUUCGCCCGGUUGCUGUAUGCCAACAAGGAGGGUUCUCGACCUUACUUUCCGUUCCUGUUAAAGCACAAGUCGCCGCACAAUGCCGAGCAGUUGCGCGGUGAUAGUUCGGCACUGGUCUGUACAUUCUGUUAUCACUCGCUACUGAACCAAUGGCGAAAAUACGAGGCACAAAGUAAUAUUCCUCCACCGAGUGAGCGUGAGUACAACUUUCACGAUUACUGUUGCCAUCUUUGCGGCAUAACGACGUAUCGGAAACGCGUUCGGGCGCUUCCGAUACGGGAGUACCCGUUCGUAGCUAACCGAAAGUGUGAUGGCAUACUGCUGGAGAACGGUGAUUACGCAGUGGUAUGCCUGGACUGUUACGAAAGUUUAAGACAACAAUCGGCCGAGUACGAUCGGUUUGGAGUGGCAAUUGAAAAACGAGAAUACAAUUGGGUUGCUCAACCACCACCACCUGAGGACAGCCCGGAAGUGUCGGUGGCACGUCUACCUAGCGGGGAGCGGUCUGAUAAGGCGAUCAAGAAUUCUCAAGGAGGACUUCGUUCGGCACCAAACAAGAAAAAUUGUUCGCCGAAGGUUACAAACGACAAACGGGAUGCAUUACAAUCGAAACUAGCACAGAAACGUCCCGUCACCAGCCCGGCACCGCCCGUUCUUCCCUCCACCCAGCAGCUGCUACACCAUCCGUCUUCCUCGCCACAUUCGAACCACCUGCUUGGUGGGCCGAACCAUCUUCCGCCGGGCGCAUCGCCGGGACUGGUGCCACCGCCCCCACAGCAGGCCCCGCUCGGUGUACCGUCGGUGGCGCAUGGUGGAACGGGCGCUCUACACGCAUCGCCCAACGCCCAAAACCCUUCGUCCGGUGGGCGCAGCAGUAGUGGUGGUGGUGCUGGAGCAGGUGGCGGUGGUGGCAGUGCAGGAUCGUUCGCAGCCGCACUGCGCAAUCUCGCCAAGCAGGCGGACGUGAAGGAAGAAGAACCGGGCCCCGGUGCAGGCGGAGCUGGUAGUGCACCCGGUGGUGGCAGUUCCAGCGGAGGUCCUGGCCCAGGCGGUGGAGGUGGUGGUGGUGGUGGUGGAGGAGGAGGUGGUAGAGACAGAGAUCAUCGCGAUCGGGAUCGUGAGCGCGGCGGAGACGGCAGUGGAAUGCAGAUGGUAGAUGGUCGUGGAAACUCGAUGUCCUCCAUGGUGGUGGAUAGACGGGAAGACUCAAGGGGGAACAUCAUUAGCGACGGUAGGAUACGAAGCAGUGACGGACGGGACGGUCGGGGAGGAGGUGUUGAUGCGGCGAAGAAACAACAUCAACAACAACAACGCUCUUCACCACAACCACCGGAAAAGAUGCCUCGCUUAAACCCGCCAAGCUCGAAUACUAUCCAGUCGGAACUGUUGGCCCGGAGUGGCUUCCAGCCGUACAGACCGGACGAUCGGCUCGCACACCCUGCCGGAGCAUUUCCCAUUGAUGCAUAUUCAGCCUUUGGAUCCAUUCCCGGCAUGCCGCCAGCAAAUCUCUUCAAUCCGGCCGCUUUAGCGUACCAUGAUCCGGCCAUCUAUUUGGAUCCACGCUUCCAGAUGCUCCGGGCGAGUCAUCACUCGGCGGCGGCCCAUCCGCUCUAUCCGUCCCUUCCCUAUCCGACCAAUCUGUACGGUAUGCUGCCCGGGAUGGGAAUGCAAUCCAUCCACGAACGCAUGAAGCUCGAGGAAGAACAUCGGGCGGCCCGGUUGCGUGAGGAGGAACGAGCCCGUGAAGCUCGGGAAGCAGCGAUCGAGCGCGAAAAGGAGCGAGAGCUCCGGGAGCAACGGGAGCGCGAGCAGCGGGAGAAAGAGCAACGCGAAAAGGAGCAGCGUGAGAAGGAAGAGCGUGAACGACAGCAACGCGAAAAGGAGCAGCGUGAGCGAGAACAGCGUGAAAAAGAACGAGAACGUGAGGCAGCUCGCGAGCGGGAACGGGAGCGUGAACGGGAGCGAGAACGCGAGCGCAUGAUGCACAUGAUGCCUCACUCACUGCCCCGACCGUUCUUCUCGAUACCGGGCCUUCCGCCCGGUCUAUCGGCACCGCUCGGACUUGGAAUGCGGCCCCAGGGUGGUCCACUCGGGUUGCCCUCGCACCAUCCGUUGCAUCCGUCGCUGGGCCUUAGCAUGGGUCUCGGAUUGCCACAAGUGCCACAGCCACCGUCGGCCUCAUCCCUCAAUCUGUCGCAUCCGUCUGCGGGCAUGGUGCCGCAACCGCCGCCACCGGGCAGCGCGCUCGGCCAUCCAUCUAUACCGACCAGUCUGGCAGCGGCAGCCGCCGCCUACAGCCACAGUAUCGCAUCCACGAUGAGCUCCUACCACUCGUCGAUGGCACACAUUGGUGGGCUUAAUCUGUCCCACACCGCGGCACUGGCUAACGCUCAGAACCUCAGCCUGGCCGGUCACAUUCCGCCACCGGCGCAUGGUUCGAUGAACCUGUCCGCCGGUGGAUCACCGGUAGCGGUCGUAUCCUCCCCGAACAGUGGUCAUCAUCUUGCACCUUCACCGCACCACCUCACGUCACCACACGGUGCACCGCUCGCGCUAACGUCAAGCAAAUCAUCGACCCAUCCAUCACCGCACCCGGCCACCAGAGCUUCCCCGUCGUCACCGGUUGUGGCGACCAGCAGCAGCAGUAGUACGGCGGCCCCGAACAGUGCGGCGGCUCCCCAUCCGUACUACACUGCUGCCGCGAUGGCUGCUGCAGCCGCCUCUCCACUAUCGCUCAGCAGCAAACCGCCCCACCCACAUCCGGGGCUUUCCUCACAUUCGCCGGUGGGUGGAGGUGGCAGCCACCAUCUGCACCAUCUCCAUCAUCAUCCGGCGGCGCCUCCACCCGGUUCGCAUCCGGGAGCACAAACGCAACCUCCGCUCUCGCAACACCCGCAGGGAGCAAGUGGGCGUAGCAGUGCGGUCAUAACGCCACCCACCACACACCAUCAAGCUGUGGCGGCGGCACAUCAUCAUCAUCUUCAUCACCUUCAUGCGGCCGCUGCCGCAUCCCAAGAACGCGCAUCAUCCCAACAGCAACAUCGUGGAUCGGCCCCACAUCGGGUGGAACAGCCGACUGCUAAUGCGCCACCCUCGUCGGUGCCACCAUCCGUUGCCGGUCCGCUUGGUCCACCAGUGUCUGCAGCAACCACGGAACACAGUGUAAAUAGUACAAACGUCACUAGUAUUAACAAUACCAACAGUGCGACCGUUGGACCGACGGGCAACGGUGAUACGCCCUCGGUUGGCAAAUCGCGUUCUCCGUCGGGUGCCACUGUAGUUGCCGAUUCCCACAACAGUACGAACGUUAUUAAAUCUACCGCUAGCGGUGAGGCAGAGUCGGGUGGUGGUGUGAUUAAACGCUCCGGCUCAUCCUCGCCAGGGACAAGAGAGAGCCCUGGAACACGGGCAGGAACACCCGGUGGGGAAGCACAUGAAACGAACGGUGGCGGUAGCAGUACGAUGACCGAAUCACGUCCAGUUUCACGCAGUGCCACAGACGAUGCGUCCAAGGAUAGCAUAGCGGCGAAGGAAGACAGACAAUCGGUUCCCACUGGUGGAGGCACUGCUGGUGGCGAUGCGAAGGAUGACACGAAGGAACCACUGUCGAACAAUAACGGAUCAAGCGAUAAUGGAACGGUAGAUAAACAUCGGCAGCAACAGUCCUCACCACCUGGGGCUACGAUAGCGAUCAACAGCAAUGGAAGUACUGGUGGAUCACAGAACACAUCUGCCGGUUCACCGGAUGGGGCAGCGACAAAAGGUGGCAGUCCGGCAGAGAUAAUCGGCACGGCAACUACACACGAAAGACGCUCCCCAUCGACACCGAACAGCAACACUCCAGCAGCCACAGCAGCGUCAACAACCGCGACCACAACACCCACAGGAACACCUGCCGGAACCACCACGUCCGUGUCGACGACAGGUAAUAGCAAAGGACUUGUCGACACAGCACCAUCACAACAGGAAGAUCGUCACGCAAAAGACCAGCAAGUGGUAAUACCACCAUCUCCCACGUCAAAGCGCGAUCGACGAACUUCGUCCGGAGCGCCACAUCCGGAACUAGCACCGGAUGUACCGACAGAAAAAAUCGAAAGUGGUGGGACGGAAAAUGGAAAGAAAGCGUCACUGGUAAACAGUAGUGAGCGCGGUGAAGCGACACCUGCCGUCGUGGUAGAGGGUGCUUUAAACAAUGGUGCACGCGGUGGAGACAGUAGGUGA